AUGGAGUGGUGGAAGAGGCUGCCUCGUAAAGUGGCCGCGAAAGUUGUUAGUGCUGGGUUUGGAGAUUUUCUGAGCCACUUGCCCGUGGCCGAUAGAGAUAGGAAGUUGUCUGUUGCACUUGCGGAGCGAUGGUGGGACUCAACAAACUCCUUCCACUUGCCUUUCGGAGAGAUGACACUGACACCCUUGGACUUCACCUGUAUAACCGGUGUUGCAGUGGGCGGCUUGCCCAUUCCGUGGGAUUACAAUGUUAGGGAAAAUGCCAAUUACAUCAAGGAGCAAUUGGGUUGGGUGCCAGCUUUUGCUUCUGCCGGUGCCAUCAGAGUUACCGAUAUAUUGUCAUUCUACAAAGACAAGGCGAUUGACGAGAACGACGACGUCCAACUGGCACAUCUGACUAGAGUUUUCUUUCUAUACAUGCUUGGCCGCACUUUACUUAGCAACACGGCCGAAACAAUUCACCUGUGCUGUCUGCCUGCGCUGGAGGACGUAGAUCGUAUAGGGGAUUAUAAUUGGGGAGGGGCGGGGAUGGCAACCUUGUACAGAUUUAUGUCCGCCGUCUCCCGACGCCUGACGAAAAGCCUAGGCGGCUACAGCUUCGUUUGGGAGGACGAGAGGGACGUAUUGCCCAGAAUGUGGCGAUGGCGCUCGUGUAAUAGAGCCAACCGACUAUCACCGUCUACGGUCGAACAUUUUCGCCGCGCAAUUGACACCAUUAACCCGGAAAACGUGAACUGGCUGCCCUUCCCUGCAAUGGCAUUGCCGAGUCGGUAUCUCAAAUCCAAGGAACUAACUGCAACGAGAUUGCUUUUGGAUGGCCCCAUGGGAAGAUUUUACUACCUGGGCGAGAGGGUUAUUAGGCAG